AUGCUUGACGGCGAAAGUCUUUAGAUGAAUCAAUAAAAAUAAUUAUCCGAUUUGGAAAUAUAAUAAAACAGCUUGAUUAGCGCGUUUGCUAAAAUUUCACAACGAUUUUAUGCACAACCGAUAGAAGUUCAACGCAAACACGUAAUUGACGCGACAUAGCAGCGCGGUUGAAGAUAGGUUGUGAUGCGUAGCUGUCAAUGACAUCACGAUGUGGCAUUAGUCGAAGAAUGAACUUUAUUUAUUCUGCGAUAAGUAGUUAAAGUGCAAAAAUGUGGUCCUUUUUUUCGAGAGACCCUACCAAAGAUUUUCCAUAUGAAAUUGGCGAACCAGUGUCUGGUUUGGACGACAAAAGUGUCUGGACAUUGCACAAGGCCAAAAAAAAGGGUUCAACAGGAGGUGAAGAUGUUUCUGUGUUUGUCUUUGAAUUUAAAAAUGGCAACGAACAUCUUUUGGACACAGUUCGCUCUGCGGUGAAAAGAUUAAAGACACUCAGGCAUCCCAGUAUACUCGCAUAUCUUGAUAGUCUCGAGACUGAUAAAAUGAUUUAUUUAGCAACAGAACGAGUAGAGCCUUUACACAAUCGAUUGGCAAAGAAAUCUGGCACUAACAAAGAAUCUAAAAAAGAGUUAUAUUUUUCUUGGGGAAUAUUCCAAAUUACAAGAGCAUUAAACUUCUUAAAUAACGAUGGUAAUUUAAGACAUAACAAUGUCAAUUUAUGGGCAGUAUUUGUAAACGAGGAAAGUGGAGAGUGGAAACUCGGAGGAGUUGAAUAUAUGACGGCGGUAGAUGCUGUUUAUAAUGUAAUACCAGCAACAUUUCAAGCAUAUCAUCCUCCAGAUGCCAAGGAAAAUGUUAAGCCAGCCACUAAAUGCUCGGUUGACAUGUGGGGACUUGGGUGCCUGAUCUGGGAGACAUAUAAUGGUCCACUAAGUUCAAGUAUGCAACUUAAAACUAUCGACAAAAUCCCCAAACAAUUACAAGUAGUGUAUAAAGAAUUGACUAAUGGAAGUGCGGAUGGAAGACCGAAUCCCGCUGAUGUGAUAGCACGUUGCCGUAGUAAUGGGGGAUUUUUUAAAAACGAACUCGUAGACGCACUUUUAUUCUUAGAAGAAAUUCAAAUGAAAGAAAGAGGAGAGAAAGGCCGAUUUUUCUCGCAACUGGCCGGUCAGUUAGAAUCAUUUCCAGAGGGUGUCGGCAGAUACAAAAUUUUGCCACAAUUAUUGGCUGCUUUCGAGUUCGGCGAUGCUGGAAGUGCAGUGUUACCUCCUCUCUUACAGCUUGGACGCCAAUUACCAGACGGUGAAUAUCAACGAAGAGUUGUACCAUGCGUGGUGAAGUUAUUCGUGUCAAAUGAUAGAGCAACACGAUUAAGAUUACUACAGCAAUUAGAUCGAUUUGUUGAUCAUUUACAGCCCGCAACGGUCAAUGAAGCUAUCUUUCCACAGGUAGCUAGAGGUUUUCUAGACACAAAUCCCGCGAUUAGAGAACAGACGAUAAAAUCUGUUGUACAUUUAGCACCAAAAUUAGAUUAUAAUAAUCUUAAUGUGGAAACAUUAAGGUAUUUUGCUAAACUUCAGUCGAAAGAUGAACACGGCGGUAUACGUACUAAUACUACAGUUUGUUUAGGAAAAAUUGCUCAACAUCUUCAUCCCCAAAUAAGACAAAAGGUAUUAAUUGGAGCGUUUAUUCGUGGUACACGGGAUAUAUUUCCACCAGCUAGAACGGCGAGUAUCUUGGCAUUAGCUGCAACGCAGCAAUACUUUCUGCUGCAGGAAGUUGCACAUCGUAUUUUACCAGCUUUGUGUCCACUUACUACAGAUGUAGACAAAGGGGUAAGAGAUAACGCGUUUCGAACUAUUCGAGGAUUUUUAUCGAAACUUGAGAGAGUAUCGGAAGAUCCCGGGCUGCGUGAAUCUAUGGAGGCAGACGUAAAUACAGCGACACCAAGCCUUAGUAAUGCAGCAGCAACAUGGGCGGGUUGGGCUGUAACGGCAGUUACUGCAAAAUUCUAUCGUAGUCAAUCAGACACGCCUAAAUCUUCAAAUCCUCAUGGCGCAUCAAGAAUUUUACUGAAUAAACCUGCCUCUCUGGAACAAGCUAGUAGUUCCCAAAGUAGCGCUAGUACAACUGCUACAACAAGUAGCGCUACGAGUAUGACGUCAUUAGAUCACGAUCAUGAACAUGACCUACAAAAUGCUACAAAUACAAAUUCAGAUUGCGAUUGGGAUUGUUGGGAUGCUGAUAAUUGGGGCGAUAUGGAACAACAACCUUCUACCACCUCGGUACUCGGGACAAGCAAUGUCUCGCCAUCUCCACAUUCUGCCAAGGAUAAUGAUCAGUGGACAAGUUUGGAGGAAGAACCGGAAGAAGAAGCGGCACAAAGUGUAGAAGAUAAAAAUGAAUCGUCCGAGGUAGGUUGGGAAGAUUCAGAAUUUCAGCCUCUAGAUGAUUUUCAGCCACUAGAACAAUCAGGAAAUAUUGAAACUACUGGUAUGCUUAGUGGAAAUAAUAAAUUGGAAGAAGCCAAAAGGAAACGAGAAGAACGGAAAUUAGCAAGACAAAGACAAAUGGAAGCGAAAAGAGUGGUAAAAUUACGAAGCAGUACUGCUGCCAAAAAAUUGUAAUUUAAAUGUCAUAAUUCGAGAAUUCCAUUUAUGUACUUGA